CACUGUUUUUUCGCUUUCAAGCGACAAGUUUCGCGCUCUCCCUUUUGCACCGAGAUAUUUGGUUCAAAAGUGAUUUGUGCAUCUGUAGAGGUAGUGGGCGGGACUGUUUAGAGAUUACAGAAUUUCAGCCAAUCAGAAGAGCUACUGAGCCAGUAGAUAUACGCCCCAAGCAGUUUUACGCCCCUGUUGUUCCUCAUGCGUCCAGUAGGGGAAGGCAGUAUAUUAGUAUAUGAGCCCAGUCAUUUAUAAGAACAGCAGACCAUAUCUAUAUGUAUGAUAGCAGCAGACCUUCUUGAAGCGAUACGGAUGAGGUAUGUUAAAUAAUCUGCUAAAGUACUUGUUGUUGAUUGUAUUGUGUAAUGAUGCAACAUUUAUUAUUUAUAAAAGAUUGAUCAAUUAAAUAAGAAAGAAUAGCGAUAUCAAUUCAAAAGAUGGAUCAGUUUAUUUCGAGAGGCAAAAGUACUUGAUUGAGUCAGAUGUUCUGUCUGACUCAAACUUAACUAACCACAGUCUAUCAUCAAUGGACAAAAAAAAAAAAAACAAUCAAAGUGACUUGACACUUUUUCCAAGUGUUCCAUCAAUAUUGUUCAUUGAAGAUCAGGAGCGAAUUGAUGUUAUCUACACUCAGAUGACUUCAAUUUUGGAUGGCACACCUACACACACCCAGUGACCAGAUCCGAUUCAUUAUGGAUGUCCCUUUUCCAGAGUCCAUCAUCUGUGCUCUUGCUGUUGUGAAAGAUGUGUCCAUCUUGGAGGCUGAGGAGAAAUUCCUUCGAGGACCUGUCAUUGACGCAAGUGAGUGGGAUCACUUUGACCGCAGGAUAAAGAAACAAUUAAAGAAGAGUGGCAAACCAUUGGAGAGUCAUCUACAGGAGUCAUGCUGUUAAGAAAUAACCAAGUCAUGGUGUUAAUAAUUUUUUUUUGUGAACAACAAUAUUGUCUUUCUUUUAAAUGACCCUUGGAACUUUAGAAAAUUGUUAAAUUUUGUUGGUCUUCAUAAAAUGCUAUGUAGAACAUGUUCUGUUGCUGUAUAACGAGCAAUUGUGAAUUGUAAAGCAAAUAUUUAAUUUAGGAUCCAUAUGAUUACACAGUACUGUAUGUCUAAUGGCCUGAAUAUGGUUAAUAUCUAAAUAUAACUUAAUAUAAAUUCACAACAUCAUAUAUCAGUCAAUCUCUGUAUAUAAAAACAGUUUAUAAAUAUAUAUAAAUAAUACAUUUUACAGUAGGUCAUAGGU